AGCUGUUUCGCGCAAGAUUGAAUUUCUUUUGGUUUAGUAUUAUACUGAGUGACUGUAAAUUCCCACCUCCACUUUAGUUUAUCAAGCCAAAUGUAUUUUGUUCAUGUUGUGUCCACGCGUUUUUUUUUUUUUUACAUUUGCUCUCGCUUUGAUUUGUAAGGACAUUGUGUACAUCGGCAGCAGUGUAAAGGUUUCGGAGAGGCACUUCGCAUUCAUGGGGCCAUGAAAAGGACACAAAUCGCUGCUUUUUUUAUCAACCAGCAGAACCUGUUGCUGCUUAUGGACCUCCUAGAAACGUAAUGCUGUAAAAGAACCGGCCCGCGUGAGACGUUACGGACUGGCCUCUCGGGCCGGUUCUACCAGCACAGACGUUCUGCUACAGAUGAAAUCCCUCUGGACCUGCUCGGUGCAUAUGUUGCGCCUGACGCAGAUGCUGAAUAAAAACAAAAACCGACAAAAAUACAAACAUUGUAAAAAGGGCUUUCUCUGUUCAUGCUUAACUAUACACCAGAGGCAUUGCAUUCCUGGUUUUGUAUAAAAGCUUAGAACUGUACAUUUGAGUUUUAUUUUGUGUGUGUGUGUGUGAUUGUGUGUGUGUGUGUGUGUGAGGGAAUAGUUAGAUGUUAACAAAAUGGAAUUAUUAUGUGACAAUAAAUGCCUUUGAGUACUUCAAGUGAGACGUGCAUUAGGGACGCGGCUUUGUGACGCAUCCCAUUUAAGUUUAAUUUUUUAUUUUUUUCAGCAUUUAUGUGCCAUUUAUGCAGGGGGUAGGGCUGGUUUUUAUGUAGGUUAACAGUAUGAUCGAUUUUGGAUGAGAAUGCAUCACAAAUCAGGAAUGUAGUCAAAAAAGACAAUAAAACAAUAAUUGUACUUUCAAUGGUGAAUACUGACAGCGCAGUUAUAAUCAGCCGGGGUGGCAAUUUUAAUUCUGAUCUUGUAUUGUUCUGGUGAAUCCUUAAGAUUGGAGCUUAAGGGUAUGGUUUAUUUUUUUAUAUUGUCUGUGCAUUAGGUCAUAGAGAUUGUAUAAAUGAAGUUCAUUUUCCAGUUUUUUUUUUUUUUUUAAACAUAGGAAUGUUAUAUGUUUCCUGCUUUUUUUUCUUUUCUUUUUUUUUUCUUGCCUUGCUAUGUAUAGGAAACAAGCAUGUUAAUUUUCUUUCUUUCUUUCUUUUUUCUUUCUUUCUUUCUUUCUUUCUUUCUUUUCUUAAGAUUCGUAAUUGUCUGGUUGGGUGGACAGGGAUGUAAAAAAAAAAAAAAAAGUACACAAGAUAAAAAUGUUGCUCUUUCGUAACUGCAAAAUGUUUGUUUUGUUUUGACACUUCAUAGGGUAUCAAGUGUUGUGCGGACAUAUCUAACAUACUUUUCUUUAGAAAAACAGCCUUAAAGGUGACUCUUGAUUUCUCUUUCUUUCUGACUCAGCCCGAGCAAGUAACAAGACCCUCUUCCAUCAGAUCAAGUCUUUGCUUUGAUAAGCAUUCUUCAAAUAAAUGUUCAUUUGACUGCCUUACGAAUGUCAAAUGUGCUCCUCUCUCACCUCUCAUACAUUUUCAAAUGAUCAAUCAAAUCAACAAUACACUCAAAUUAUGGCUUCCAUCAGAGAGUAUAUAUAUAUAUAUAACUCCUAUCUAUCUAUCUAUCAGUAAAAAAUGUGUGAACACAUCUGAAAUAGCUCACGAUCAUAAACAUAAUUUUAUCUAAAUGUUUAAAAUGAGUUUUGUAGAAAUUUUGAAUAUGCAAAUUGAUUUAAAAGAAGCCCAAAAGUGUCCAGCAGAAAAAGUAUAGUAACCAUGUUUUUUUUUUUUUUUUGUAUAACCACAGUUUUACUACAAAUAUCAUAGUUAAACUAUGGUUAGUGUAGCAAAACCAUGGUUAAUUUGUGGUUACCAUGGCUUAACUAUACUAGUAAGUAACCAUGUUUUUUUUAUGUGUAGUAAAACCAUGGUUAAUUUUCGUAAGGGACACCUGCAACAAGCUACUCCAGGUCUUUAAGAUUACUAUAAAGCUACAAGCAGGCGAGUUUGAUCAAAUCUGCAUGCAGUAUAUAAAUACUCUCGUUUUAAGUAUAAACACCGCUUAAAGUAGUAAAGGUACCGUUAACGUAUAUUCCCGGUAGAUGUCGCUGUUUCAUCGCUCGCUGCUCUCACUGACCGAGUCCUCCGCUUUGUUUACCUCUUUCUCAUUCAUCACUUAGCCUGCUAUUUAAACUAUUUAGCAGUAAUGUUUUCAGAUAUUAUUAGGGUUCCCACGGUCACGGAAAGCCGGGAAAUGUGAGGGAAUAUUGUAAAACGGUUGAUUUUAGCCCUGGAGACGGCAGUGAGCUCAGUGAGUGCAAAUCUUUUUGAAAUUCACCUCAGAGUACAAACAAUGGCCUUCAUUUAUUAAGUUAUAAUGAACUACUGGUGUAUUCAGUUAUACAAAAUAAUGUAUUUAGGCUAGUGUUAGUAUGUUGUUUCUCAAGUCGAUGAUUAUUUAUCAGAGAUAAACAAUCACUAGUUUAUUCUCUCUUGUUCAGGUAAACAACAAAACAAGUAGUUUAAUCGAUUUAAACCAGUCAGGCAUGUAUAAAAAGUGCUUUAAGGCGAGACACCCCAGGUGCAUAGGGUAAAAAAAAUGAACUAAUAUCACCAUACUUGAUUACAUUAAUUACAAACAUUUUUUGUAUUACAUGUUUUUUGAAAUGCUAUGUUGAAAUAUGCAAAGGAGGUGUUAUCUAAUUAAAUAUGCACUAAUUUGCAUAAAUUAAAGGUGUAUUUUGGAUAUUUUCUUUCUAUUGUCCAUGAAAAAUGCUUAAUGUAAAGCCAAAAAUCUCAAAAUUAAAAGGUGCAUGAAAAAAAUAAAAAAUAAAUAAAAUGUUUUUGCCUGCAGUGUCUCGCCUUAAGCGGUUUCUGGACAUGAUUCUGGCUUUUCCACCGCACCUAAAAUACAUAUUCCUAAAAUUUGCUUGAAAUUCACCUCAGAAUACAUAAAAUGGCCUUCAUUUAUAAAGUUAUAACGGAUAACUGGUUUAUUCAGUUAUAAAAAUAAUGUAUAUUUAAGUCGAUGAUUAUUUAUCAGCGACUAGUUUAUUCUCUCUUGUUCAGGUAAACACUAAAACAAGUAGUUUAAUUGGUUUAAACCAGUUAGGCACGGUUUUGGCUUUUCCACUGCGCCUCUCUUGGCGGCUGCUAAGAGAAAGUUUCGUUUCGUUUCGAGAAAGUGGGCGUGGUUUGCGUAAUUUAGAACGCGCGCGCGCGCGCGCACUCACACUCUCCUCAGUGCGCGUCUCUCUCACAAGCACGCGCAUCGCGCACGCGUAAUAUGAUUACGCCUCUAUUAGCUCUGCGCGCGCACAGCUGAGUGGAGCGCAGGCGACGAAGCGCGGUCUUCACACGCGCCGCCGAGGAGAUGCGAGGAAUUAAUGGUGCAGUUUUUCUCACGCUGAGCCACUUUAAAAACAGAAGUCACACUCUGAGGAACGUUUCUUGGAUGGUUUAAUAAGUUUGCGGGUGGUGUUAGGCUUUUUUCACUAAGAUGCCAAAAUGACAAAAAAUGCCACUUUUGUCUUCAGUAAUAUGGAAAAAAUGAACUGCCAUAAACCAAAAACAUAAUUUCAGUUGUGAGAGGAAGAGAUUGUGAUUCUCAAUAAUGGGGUGUGACAAUUCGACCAAUGGGACAAGUACGCCAUACACCCUGCUGUUGACCCUUCCUAUGACCGUCCUGGUGGGGUUUCUCAUCCUCCUCAUUGUCUUUGGCAAUGUUCUGGUGAUAAUCGCAGUGUUUACGAGCCGAGCUCUCCGUGCUCCCCAGAACCUGUUCCUGGUGUCUCUGGCCUCCGCUGAUAUAUUGGUGGCCACUCUGGUGAUGCCGUUCUCGUUGGCCAAUGAGCUGAUGGGCUGCUGGGCCUUUGGGCAGGUUUGGUGCGAAAUCUACCUGGCCUUGGACGUUCUCUUCUGCACGGCCUCGAUAACUCAUCUGUGCGCCAUCAGUCUGGACAGAUACUGGUCGAUAACGCAAGCCAUCCAGUACAACCUCAAACGCACGCCGCAACGAAUCAAGCGCAUUAUUUUUAUAGUUUGGAUCAUCGCCGCCGUGAUCUCCUUCCCGCCUCUGAUUACCAUGGAGAAGGAAGAGGGGAAUAUCUGCAAAAUCAACGAAGAAAAAUGGUACAUCAUUUCCUCUUCCAUCGGCUCGUUUUUCCUGCCUUGCAUCAUCAUGGUCCUCGUGUACAUCCGAAUUUACCAGAUCGCCAAGAAGAGGACCAGAGCGCCACCUGGGGACCGGAGGAUAAAGGAAGCAAGCAAGAAGGAGAACGAUCUGGAGAAGGAUCCCCAUGAGAAGCUCAACGGGAAUCCGAACCCUAAACCGGAAGACAAGGGUGAGAUAAAUGGCAUGGACAUGGAGGAAUCAUCCUCCUCGGACCACAAGGUCUCCAACCCUUGCUCCCUCAAGAAGAAGAGCUCAAAAGGAAAGACUAAGCUGAGCCAAAUCAAACCGGGGGACAGCGACAAGCGCGAGGUCCUUCAGACCACCAAGACCAGCAGGUGGAAGGGCCGCCAAAACCGGGAAAAGCGCUUCACGUUCGUCUUGGCGGUGGUCAUAGGCGUGUUCGUCAUCUGCUGGUUCCCGUUUUUCUUCACCUACACGUUGACGGCGUUUUGUGAAAAAUGUGUGCCGGAAACGCUUUUCAAGUUUUUCUUCUGGUUCGGCUACUGCAACAGCUCCCUCAAUCCCAUUAUAUACACCAUCUUCAAUAAUGACUUCCGAAGAUCCUUCAAGAAGAUCCUCUGCCGGAGAGAUAACAGGAGAGUGGUGUGAAUUGGGUUGCUGUUUUUUUUUCCCUUUCCUUUAUCCAAUGUAAUAUAUCACCUGGCGUUUAUGGGAAGUCCCUGUGUACAGUAAGCCAACAUGUGUGUCAUUAUACAACAAUUCCGUAGAGGGAAAAAAAGACACUUACAUGCUUUGUACAAAUGCAACAAUGCAUGGUUAUGCAAUUACAGCACAAUGCAUAUUCAUCCAUUUCUGAAGUGUAUUGUUGUAUCGUUUUUGGUAUACAGUGAGUGGUGUAGUUUCAUAACUCAUCUGGAGGGACAUAUUCGAAGACAGUGCGUCUCAAACCACGCUGAAUGUUGUUCAAAAUGUGAAAAACAAUUCAAAAAGGACUACAAACUUGGCCUUCAAACUUCAUAAUGUGCUGCAAAACUGUCAAACGUAUACGCUGCAACAUGAAUGUCGGUGUGUUCUCGCAGGGCUUGUUUAUUUCACUGACAUUUUGUAUAAUUAAUUGUGAAGGUGUUGAUAUUGUUUAGUGGACCUAAUUGUCUUUUUUUAUCCCUGCCAUUAACGGUUCGUUUAAAAUCUUGCUGUGGACCAUUAGGCAAAAAGACGUUGAGCUCGUCUGACUGGAACCUGACAGGCCGUGUCACAACAAAUUUCUUCGGCUUCUGAUGUAGUUUAUAUCUGUCACCAUAGAUAUAAUGGAUGGAUCUUUAGUACCAUAACACGAGGGAUAGUUACAGUCCGCGACUAAUAAACGGUAUCAAACAGGCUACUGGUUUAGCUGGCGAAUUUGUAGAAAUGCACAACAAAAGAGAGCUGAAUAUUCAGCAAGAUAUCGAAUGACCGACAACAGAGUUUCUUCAGGUCAAGGUGAGGUCAGGCCUCUCGCCGUGCUGUUUUUUUCCCUCGGGAUGUGUGGAGUGACCCGAGAUAUCCAGUUGUAGAGAGAUGGAGAAAAUGUCCAGUCCAAUUGCUAAAAUGGUUGAAAACAAAGGUCUUGAAUGACAUCUACAAACUACCUGUCACUGUGCGUUAUUGCCAUAUCUGAAAAAACUAAUCAUGAUGUAUGACUCACUUUCGAUAUAUUGGCUGUUUUCUGGUUGUGCUCUCAACGUGUUUAACCAAUGAGGUCUGAAAAAAUUGUGUUUGCACACACAAAGAGAGAAAACACUCAAAAAAAUAAAAAGUGCAGAGCCUUUUUUUGUCUGUUAUCAUUCUGGAAAGGCAACUGGAGAAUUUUUUUUUCUUACGAAAAGCAAAGCUUCACUUAUGGGAUCAGACUCUGAAAGAGUUGAAAGCGUCUUCACAGAAGCAAAAAAAUUGUGUGUACAGCAAUGCUUUUAAACGGAAGGAAAAUAUUGACUGUGAUAAACACCGAAAUACACAGUUUCGAAAGUAUAACCACAAAACGAAGUAGUUUUGUGUAGACAGAUCCCUGACCUACACUUAAGGCCCGCCCACUUAGACAAGUACAGCGAUUGACAUGCAAAUUGACC